ACAUGUUUUUGUUGAUUACUUCUCCUCUGAUUGUCUCCAGGAGCCCAGAGUUUUCAACCCCAGCGGUAGUUUGAGGAUCACAGUGGUGGACUGCGGCAUCAAAUACAACCAGAUCCGCUGCCUGGCUGAGCGGGGGGCCUGCGUCACUGUCGUACCCUGGGAUCACCCGCUGGACAGCAAAGAUUAUGACGGCUUGUUCAUCAGUAACGGCCCCGGGGACCCCCUGCUGUGUAAGGCCACCAUCAACAACAUGAGGAAGGUGGUCUGCGUGGAUCAUCCAAAGCCCGUUUUCGGUAUUUGCCUCGGACACCAGCUGCUCUCUCUAGUCAUCGGAUCCAAGACCUUCAAGAUGAAAUAUGGUAACCGUGGCCACAACCAGCCGUGCAUCCACAAGGGAACGGGGCGCUGCUACAUCACCAGUCAGAACCACGGCUUCGCGGUGGACCCCGACUCUCUGCCCGCAGACUGGGACGUCCUGUUCACCAACGCCAACGACCACACCAACGAGGGCAUCGUGCACAACACCAAGCCCCUCUUCAG